AUGAUACCGGAAAAUGCAGAGCUUUACAACAUGCAGUUGCGAACGCAGCGCAACAAACCGUCUACGAUCGGCGAGGUAGGCACAAUCGCCGAUGACUUUAGCGAAGGAGGAAUCACUAGUGCAGCGCGCAAGAGAUACCUCAGAACGGUAAAUGUGGUCGCAGAAGCGCCUUUCGGUUUCCAGCAUCCAAACAUCACGUUUUCACCUGCUGAUUUUUUCAGUUUAAAACCACAUCUGGAUGACCCGAUCGUGAUCUCCCUUCGGGUUAACAACUUCGACGUACAACGAACGCUCCUGGACCAGGGGAGCUCAGCAGAUAUCAUCUAUGGCGGAGCGUUUACGCAGCUCGAAAUAGGAGAAGGAUACCUUAUUCCGUAUGAAGGGACCUUGGUAGGAUUCGCAGGUGAACGAGUGUGGGUAAAAGGAGUCAUAGAUCUUGAUACCACAUUCGGUGAGGGCGAGGAUGCCAAAAAACUAACAGUAAAAUACUUGGUCUUAAAGGCAGAAGGUUCAUACAACGCGAUCGUUGAAAGGAACACUUUGAACCGACUGUGCGCCGUGACUUCAACAGCUCAUCUAGCAGUGAAGUACCCGUUGGCAAGCGGGCGAAUAGGACGGAUUGUGGUGGACCAAAGGGUUGCAAGGGAGUGUUACUGUAACACUGUGGAUCGGUAUGGUAAGAAAAACGCCUCAACAAGACAUCAUUGUAACGAAGUAGAGGCUCAGGAGGACAGCUUGGAUCCAAGGGGCGAGGGGCGAGUCAAUAGACCCACCCCGAUAGAAGAAACCAAAGAGUUGAAGUUUGGCGAGAAGAUACUCAAAAUAGGGACCAGGCUAAGUGAAAGCCAGGAACAGAGGUUGUCAAAGUUGUUGGGAGAGAACCUGGACCUUUUCGCCUGGAGUAACAAGGAUAUGCCUGGCAUAGACCCGAACUUCAUCUGUCAUAGAUUAGCACUGAAUCCAGGGGCGAAGACGGUAACCCAGUCUCGGCGACGCAUGGGCGAUGAAAAGGAGAAGGCGACCCAGCAAAUGGUGAACAAGCUACUCGCAGCGGAUUUUAUUCUUGAAAUUAAGUACCCUACCUGGUUGGCGAACGUGGUAAUGGUCAAAAAAGCAAACGGUAAAUGGAAAAUGUGUGUGGAUUACACAGACCUAAAUAAGGCAUGUCCGAAGGAUUCCUACCCUCUACCUAGCAUAGAUAAACUGGUGGAUGGAGCCUCCGGGAAUGAACUUCUGAGUUUAAUGGAUGCAUAUUCGGGGUACCAUCAAAUCAAAAUGCAUCCAUCUGACGAAGAAAAAACGGCUUUCAUGACCGCAAGGGUAAAUUACUGUUAUCAGACCAUGCCUUUUGGGUUGAAAAACGCUGGGGCUACGUAUCAGCGACUGAUGGACAGGGUGUUUGAAGGGCAAGUAGGAAGGAAUAUGGAAGUGUACGUCGAUGACAUGAUCGUUAAGUCAGUUCUGGGGUCGUCUCACCACGAGGACCUAUCGGAAGCCUUUGGCAAAAUCCGGAAGUACGACAUGAGGCUCAAUCCGGAGAAAUGUUCUUUCGGAAUACAAUGGGGUAAAUUUUUAGGCUUCGUGAUUACGUCAAGAGGGAUUGAGAUUAAUCCUGACAAGUGCAAGGCAAUACGGGAGAUGAAGAGCCCAAGCAAUGUGAAAGAGGUGCAGCGGCUAACCGGGCGAAUCGCAGCUUUGUCUCGAUUUCUGCCUCAUUCGGGUGAUAAGCCAGCUCCGUUUUUCAAAUGCCUUAAGAAGAACGCAGCAUUCGAGUGGAGUCCAGAAUGUGAAGAAGCUUUUACUCGCCUCAAGGAAAUGUUGUCAGCACCACCUGUCCUUUCAAAACUCGUCCAAGGUCUUCCCCUGCAUUUGUACUUCUCCGUGGGAGAUCACGCGAUCAGCUCUGUAAUCCUUCAGGAGAAACCAGAUUUGUCAGGAAGGCUCGUCGCAUGGUUAGUGGAGCUGUCAGGGUAUGGAUUGCAGUAUGAUAAAAGGGGGAGAGUUGGGGCGCAGACCUUGGCAGAUUUUGUGGUAGAAUUGACACCCGAGGAAGGAGAAAGAGUAAACACACAAUGGGCGUUGUUCGUCGAUGGUUCGUCGAACGACAACGGAAGUGGAGCCGGAGUCACACUGCAGGGGCCGGGAGAACUGGUGUUGGAGCAAUCUCUCAGAUUCCAGUUCAAGGCCAGUAACAACCAAGCGGAAUAUGAAGCUCUAAUUGUAGGACUAAAGCUGGCGAUCGAGGUGCAAAUUGACAGUUUGUUGGUAAGGACGGACUCGUUGUUAGUGGCAAAUCAGGUUAAUGGGGAGUUCCAGGUCAAAGAACCGGCUUUGAUAAAGUAUCUAGAGUGCGUACGAUCGCUUAUGAGUCAAAUAAAGGAGAUUGUGGUCGAGUACGUGCCGAGGACACAAAAUCAAAGGGCUGAUGCCCUAGCUAAGUUGGCUAGCAACAAAAAACCCGGGAAUAACCGAAGCGUGAUUCAGGAAACACUCACCAACCCCAGCAAAUUAGGUGUGAAUGCAGUAGUGGCAUUCUAA